AUGUCCACUCUCUUCCCCCGAAACAUGCAGCUCAUCAAAAAGUCCCGCCGCAUGCUCUCCGGCAUCUUCCACGCCCGCCCAGACUCGUCCGACCGCACAGCACCCAAGAAAUCCCGCUCAUCAAAGACUCCUCUCUCGUCGUCGCGCAGCAGCAGGAGGAGGAAAUUCAAGCGCAGGACCUCCUCCUCAUCGUCGUCUUCGCCGUCCGUGGCGGCGCGGAGAAGAACUAUGGAUAUGCUGAUCUGUAGGGGGGAGAUGGAGAAGAAGAAGAUGAAGAGGAAGCGGGAGGAUCGCGAUGAUGAUGAUGAUGAUGAUUGGGAAUUUGUUCAGUGCAAGAAGAGGCUCGUUGUAAAAAGUGUUGCGCGGGUUUUUGCGAAAGAGGGCAUCGAGCGAGAACAAGUUCCAUGCGAUGGCAUGCCUCAUCCGCUGCCUUUUCACAGCGAGGCUUCAGAUGUAGAGCUUGGCGAGCUGCCGGAUGACUACGAAGAGCUCCUGGAAAAAGUCCACAGCAAUCUCGAGAAUCUCGCCAUCACUGACACGGACGACUCGUUCCCGACCAGCAUAACCAGCACCCAUCAAACAUCUCCCGAGCCUCGCACUGCCGUUCUCGACUGGGCCUGGCUCGAAGGCGUCCACGACUGGGAAAACAGAUACCGCGCUCGGAGAUGCCACUCCGAGUCCUCCACUAGGAUCCUCUCUUACGCCAACGCCGUGACGGGCGAACUGCCCGAUGGUAGCGGCCGCAGGCCGGGGGUCAUGGGAAGCUGGGAAGAGAGGAGGACGUGGGUGUACAUGUGGUGGGAGAAGACGAAGAAAAAGAGGAAACACAAGUGGGAAUAG